UUGACAUACCAGUCUAAUCUACUGACUCUAGAUAUACAUAAAAAAAGAAACAGCAUUGAGAGGUCAAGUCAUGGGCUUAGCAAAGGGCCCUCAAAGUAGAUACAGAAACGAGCGCAUUAUCAAAACACCUGUGAGGUAUGCAAACAGAAAACAGACAAUCCACUCUCUUUGGGUUAGAUGAUUGCUCGCUCCGUGGAUUACGCAGAAGACGUUCUCCAGUUGAUCUCGGAUUGUUGGCCAAGAAUAACACUCGGAUGCGGGAAUGUCUAUAGUGUGGCUCAUUCUGCUGAGUCUGAUGAUUUCGCCCGCCCUCGCAGCCACAUCCACAGCUUCCCAUUUUCGGCGCGCUCACCUGCUGCCGAGAAAAUCCUCUGCCCUUGCCCAGGGAACAUCACGGAGAAUCGUGCAGAUUAGCAAUGAGCCACCAAAUGGAGUAGCGGUGGAGCGAAAAAUGUCGUAUAUCGAGUCCGUGAACUCUUCGAUUCCGGAUCCGCAUUGGAGGAACUACAACUUUUGGCAGGCGUUUAUUGCCGAUGGAAAGACCAACUUCUGCAUACUCUUCUUCGCCGUUUAUAUCAGCUACCUCAUUUAUGUGUUGUUCUAGGCGGAUAUUCCUAAGAGUACAGAUGUGAGGAGACUGUAAUCAUUUUUUAUAUGAUUUUAUUCCAGUGAAUUCAGUCAAAAGUUUUUUGAUAAUUUUAAUAUAUGCGAACUUAGAUGUAUGGAAAUUAUUGUUGCGAAUAAAAUUGGAAUAACUUCCGCAGUGUUAUAUAUUAA